AUGGAGCGGCGACAUUUUAAUCGCUUAGUAUCGUCACUGAUGAAAGCGCUAUAUGUAAUCACAGAGAAAAAGUUGUCCACGCCUGAAGCUUUAUGUAUAUUACUUUCAUGGCUGAAUACCAUUAACAAGUCCAAGAAGCUGAUCCCAUGUGACAAGUUCUACCUGCACAAUUUACAGUCGGAAGUGGAUAUGUCCAAUGAUUUUGCACAGUGGGCAUAUAAACGGAAAAAGGGAACUUUUUAUUGGUCAGACUAUCCGUUCCUAUGGAAUGCGGAAUUGAAAACUUACCUGUUGCAGUAUGAAGCCCAUUUACAGAUGGAGGUAUUCCUUUUCAUUGAAUUCUUUCACGUGAAACAGGAACUGGAAAUGAUCAUUUUUUCAAAAGUUGUGUUACUUUUUCACUCGCUAGCUGUGUGA